GGAAACAUAUCCUAAGCCCUAACAGAGACGGGUUUUGGAGAAGCGUGGGAAUCACUGCAAAUAUUGUUGAUGAAACGCCGGAAGCUGAUCGGAUUCUGAUCGGAGACAGAUUUCUCAGUUUCCCCAUUUUCGUGGAGAUCGAAUUUGUGAUGAAGAAGCUCCCACCCAUCCUGAGAAAGCUUCAAACCCCUAAACCAGCUCCGCCGCCGCCAUUGCCCGACGCGAUUUUGCCUCCUUCUCCUGGAACCCUUCUCGCUCCUCUUCCUAAUUUCGCUCUCUCCGCUCCCCACCAUUACGCGCAACUCCUCCAUUUCCUGAAGACCCACCUCACGCUUCCCUUCACCCCGAACAAUCUCCUCCAUUUCCUCAAAUCCAAGCUUCAUUUUCAUCCUAAAUUCACCCACUACGACUUCCAUAUAUUCAAUUGGGCUUCAUCCAUUGAUUCCUUCCGCCAUGAUCACUCUACCUUCGCCUGGAUGUCCAGAACUCUUGCGGCCACGGAUCGUUUCGCUGAGCUCAAGUCGCUUCUUCUGUUCUUAGCUUCCUCUCCUUGCCCCUGCUCUGAUGGUAUUUUCUCUUGCCCUCAAACGGAAUCCAUUUUUCAAUUUGCCAUUACUGCCUAUUGUAGAGCUGCGAAAUUUGAUGAGGCUGUUUUUGCUUUUGAUUCCAUGAAAAAAUUGAUUGAUGGGAAGCCUAGUGUUGUGAUCUAUAAUAUUUUGAUUAAUGGGUUUGUGAAAUCUGGUAGAUUUAACAAGGCUUUGGGGUUUUAUGAUAGGAUGCUUAGUGAUCGGGUUAAGCCUGAUUUGUACACUUUUAACAUUUUGAUUAGUGGGUAUUGUCGCAAUUCACAAUUUGCACUGGCUUUAGAGUUAUUUAAGGAGAUGAGGGAAAAGGGUUGUUGCCCAAAUGUGGUGAGUUUCAAUACUCUGAUUAAAGGGUUCUUCAGGGAGAGAAAGUUUGAUGAUGGGAUUGCAAUGGCUUAUGAAAUGAUUGAACUGGGAUGCAAAUUCUCAAGUGUUACUUGUGAAAUUGUAAUGGAUGGGCUGUGUAGAGAAGGCAGGGUUCAUGAAGCAUGUGAAAUUUUGAUCGAUUUUUCGAGGAAGCGAGUUUUGCCGAAGGAUUAUGAUUACUUUGGAGUUAUUGAGAAGCUUUGUGGGAAAGGGAAUGCAGGGAAAGCCAUGGAAGUUGUGGAGGAGCUAUGGAGGGAAGGAAGUGUUCCAAGCUUCAUUGCUUCCACCACUUUGAUUGAUGGACUGAGGAAAGAAGGAAGAGUGAAUGAUGCAAUGAAUGUAACAGAGAGGAUCCUUAAAGAAGCAAUGGUUCCUGAUAGUGUGACUUUGAACUCUCUUCUCCAAGAGCUUUGCAAUGUGAGGAAAACAGUGGAAGCUAAUAGGUUGAGGUUAUUGGCUUCAAGCAAGGGAUUUGAACCAGAUAGCAAAACGUACUACACUUUGAUUUCUGGUUACACCAUGGAAGGUAACAAGGUGGAAGGGCAAAGGGUUGUGGAUGAGAUGUUGGAUAAGGAGCUUAUACCAGAUAUUGCAACGUAUAAUAGAUUAAUGGAUCGGUUGUCGAAUGCGUAUGAGAAAAGAUCUUUACUGUCACGAUAUCCAUCAAGUUCUAAGCUCGUAACGUCAACGUAAUGACGAAACAAGCAGAGCUCAGACAAUUGCUUCUCAAGUGCUAUGUAUGAUUGCAGAUAACACAGGUGAUAUGCCAAGCAUGGACCAUUCAUGUUUAUACAAUCUGCACUGAUCUAUGCUUGAGCUUGACAUCUCCAUUAUGCAAAACUUGGAUUUAGAAUGCUUCUGUGGAUGGAUUUGAGGUGGAAUUUAUGGUGGG